AUGUCCAAAACCUUGCAGCGGAAUAUCUACGGCUUACACCAUCUUGGACUUUUAAUCGGCGAAAUCGAAACACCAGAACCCAAUCCGUUAGCAGCCAUACGGUACUCCUGCGUCUACUGGAUCAGCCAUUUCUGCGAUGCCUACAACCGUAGCCGUCCUGAGGUCGAGACUAUCGGCCAGUUCCUUCGAGAGAAGUUCCUCUACUGGCUCGAGGCUUUAGAUCUUGUCCAGGACUCACGCCGGUUCCUUCUCCAGAAUAGAUGGGUAAUUGAGAAUGCUCCACUCCAGGCAUACGCAUUAGCUCUUAUAUUCAGUCCGGUCAACUGCCUAAUGCGGAAGAUAUUUGAGAAAGAGGCGGAAUGGAUAAAGACAAAACCUGUAGUAGCAAGCGCCUGGAGUUCUUGUUUGCAAACGCUCAAGGGCCAUAGCGGUUGGGUCUGGUCGGUUAUAUUCUCUCAUGACUCGAAGCUAUUGGCAUCGGGGUCAGAUGACAAGACCAUCAAGAUUUGGGAUGCGGCAACGGGAUCCCUCCAACAAACGCUCGAGGGCCAUAGCCCUACAGUACAAAUCAUGUCAUUCGAAGAUACCGGCUUAUAUCUAGAUACCAACAUCGGCCGUAUUGAUCUAGCUGCUAAGACAAAGAAAAUCCAAUCGUUACUUCAAAUUCCGCAACCAGAUCAAACUCAGCAAGCACAAUACUAUGGUUACGCCUUAAGCCGCGAUAGAUCCUGGAUUACCUGGAACAAACAUAACGUGCUGUGGCUUCCGACCAGCUACCGGCCUUCUAUCUACUCCAUUUCGUCUUUUGCGUCAUCAUCAACGCUGUCGACGAUUACAAGGAUUGGCCUCGGUUAUGAUUCGGGGAGGGUGGUGGUGAUUGGGCUCUUGGGUUCGGGGCCGUUAUAA